UCACUCGUUACCUCCCUCUUCUCUCCCCCUGCUACUUCAAACUUGAAAUUAGUUGAAAGGCAAAUAGAGUGUCGAGGAGUAAACAAACAAAUGGCGACUUCACCCUUCUCCCUUCUGAUUCUACUACUCCUAGUUGUACUAGUUCCAGCCCUCGUUGCCGCUUCCGCAGUUCAAGACCCCGAACUGGUGGUCAAAGAUGUCGAGAGGAGCAUCAAUGCGUCUAGAAGAAACUUGGGUUUCCUCUCCUGUGGAACCGGAAACCCAAUCGACGACUGCUGGAGGUGCGACCCCAACUGGGAAAAGAAUCGUCAAAGGCUAGCCGAUUGCGCAAUUGGGUUCGGUAAGCAGGCAGUCGGCGGAAGGGAUGGUCGCAUUUACGUUGUCACCGACUCCGGCGACGACAACCCCGUGAACCCAAAGCCCGGGACCCUCCGUUUUGCCGUCAUCCAAGAUGAGCCCUUAUGGAUCAUCUUCGCGCGGGACAUGGUCAUUAAGCUAAAGGAAGAGCUCAUCAUGAAUUCGUUCAAGACCAUCGACGGAAGGGGGGCCAGCGUCCACAUUGCCGGUGGGCCAUGCAUUACCAUACAGUAUGUGAGCAACAUCAUCAUUCAUGGCCUCCACAUCCAUGACUGUAAGCAAGGCGGGAAUGCCAAUGUGAGGGACUCCCCUACUCAUUAUGGGUGGAGGACCAUCUCCGACGGUGACGGAGUUUCCAUCUUUGGAGGUAGCCACAUCUGGGUGGACCACUGUUCGCUGUCUAACUGCCAUGAUGGACUAAUCGAUGCCAUCCACGGAUCCACCGCCAUUACCUUAUCAAACAAUUACUUUACUCACCAUGACAAGGUGAUGCUGUUGGGUCACAGUGACACUUACACCCAAGACAAGAACAUGCAGGUCACCAUUGCAUUCAACCAUUUUGGAGAAGGGCUUGUGCAAAGGAUGCCAAGAUGUAGACAUGGAUACUUCCAUGUUGUCAACAAUGACUACACCCACUGGGAGAUGUACGCCAUUGGCGGGAGUGCUGCACCCACAAUCAACAGCCAAGGAAAUAGAUUUCUUGCACCCGACAACCGAUUCAGCAAAGAGGUGACCAAACACGAGGAUGCACCAGAGAGUGAAUGGAGACACUGGAAUUGGCGGUCCGAAGGUGACCUGUUGCUUAAUGGUGCCUUCUUCACGCCGUCUGGUGCGGGAGCGUCGUCCAGCUACGCCAAGGCUUCCAGCUUGGGCGCCAGGCCAUCUUCUCUGGUGGGUUCGAUCACCACGGCAGCGGGUGCACUCAAUUGCAAGAAGGGUUCUCGUUGCUGAUCGAUGAUGUGAACCCCAUCGAGUGCAUCGGCUAGGACACCAAUUGGGUCUUUUUUCCUUUUAACCUAGAAUCAUAAUUAAUUAGCGCAGCUGGAGUUGGGAAUAAGAGUAACAAGUCACAAUGAAGAAAAAAAAUAGCCAUCGAUAAGAUUACGGUACAGUCGUCAUCCUUAUUUUUCUUUUUUCCAUUUACGAGUGUUAUCUCUUAUGAUGACAACCUCGGCCUGUUGCUCUGAGAAACCAUUUUGGCUUCGAUUCUGUGUUACGAAUCCUAAUGGGAUUAGAGCAAACAAGUGCAGAAGUGUUGAUCUCUCUCUCUCUCUCUCUAUCUAUCUCUCUCUAUGUAUGUAUUAAUUAUUGCCUUCAUAGUUCAUACAUCAAUUAAAGCCCUAUAUAUUAUCUUUUGAUC